AUGAUGCUUCAAAAUGAAGAAUUUAAAUCUUAUGAAAAUGGUAAAAGUUUAUUAAAUAAUAGAUUUAAAUUUAUUAAACAUUUACAAUCAGGUUCUUUUGGAAAAGUUUCAUUAGCUUAUGAUGUUGUAAAUAGUAUCCAAGUUUCUGUAAAAGUGAUUCCUAAAAAUUUCCACUCUUUACAAGAAAUUCAAUAUUUAGAAAGAUUGAAAAGUAAUGAAAGUAUAUGUCAAAUUAAAGAUUAUUUCAAAAUUGGAACCACCAAUAAAGAUUCAUAUUAUGUUUUAAUCCUUGAUUAUUACUCAAACGGAGAUUUAUAUGAUUUAGUGCAUACACGAAAAUUGUCACGUGACGAAAUUAAAAAAUUAUCGAAUCAAUUAAUAUGUGGUUUAAAAUAUGCUCAUUCUUUAGGUAUAUAUCAUAGAGAUUUAAAACCUGAAAAUAUUCUUAUUGAUUAUGAAGGUAAUUUUAAAAUUGGUGAUUGGGGUUUAGCUACAAGUAUAAGAUUUAAUAAUGAAUUUAAUAUUGGAAGUGAAAAAUAUAUGUCACCAGAAUUAAAAAUAAUUAAUGAUAAAAGUUGUGGUACAAUAAUUGAUUGUAAAUAUUCUGAUUAUUGGUCAAUUGGUGUAACUAUUUUAACUGCAAUUUUAGGUUCUUGUCCAUUUAAAGAAUAUUAUACAAUUGAACAAAGUUUUGAAAAUUUAACAAAUUUUAAAAAUAAAGAUAUAUUUACAGAUUUAUUAAAAUAUGGUAAUGAUGAAGAGAUUAAAAAUCGAGAUUUAGAUUUAUUUUUACAAAGAAUUAAUGAUGUUGAAGAUGGAUUUGAUGAAAUUGAUGAUGAAAAAAUUGAUGAAAUUAAUGAAAAAAUUGAUACUAAAGAAAAAAUUGAUGAAAAAAUUGAUGAAACUAAAGAAAAAAUUGAAGAAAUUGAAGAAACUGAUGAAAUUGAAAGUGAUGAUCAUUUGUUUUUCUCAAUGGAUGAACAAGAAUCUUUUAAUGCAGGAGAUUACAAUACUGAAAAGGUUGAUUUCGAUAUUGAUUUACCUGCAUUAGUCAAAAAUUCAUAUCAAUCUGCAAAAUCAUGGUGUGAUUAUGAUGAUGAUUUUGAUUUCGAAUUAGAAAUUUCAAAAUUAAACUUAAACAAAUUAAAUACAAAUAAUGAUAAUGACAAGAAACAUAACGACAAGAAACAUAAUGAUAAUGAAAUUAGAGUAAUGGAAACUGAAAUUUUUGAUAUAAUUGAUGUAUAG